AUGAAAUCGCUGGUCGCUCUGGUGCUCUUGGCUCAGCUUCUGAGCUGCAAAGCCGGCUUAGUUCUGGAAGCUCCUACAGAAGUUGUUUCCCCCAAAAUUCUUGGCUGUGACGACCCCGAGACUGAAGAAGCAGCCGCCGCAGCAGUGGACUACAUCAAUAAGCACCUGAAGCAUGGAUAUAAAGUUGCACUCAACAGGAUUGAAAAGGUCGUUCAGCAUGAAAGGAGACCGCAUGGAAAGGUAAUGGAGCUUGAGCUGGAUUUACUAGAGACUACAUGCCACAUCGUGAGCCCGGUGCCUGCUGAAAAUUGUACAGUACGGAGUAGGGCAGAACACGCCGUCGAAGGGGACUGCGAUGUCAAGAUGAUCAAGGAUAAUGGAAAAUAUAAGGUGGUGCACACAAAAUGCCAUUCCUCUCCAGAUUCUUCUGAAGAGUUCUUCAGGUCCAUCCCCGACAUCCCACUUAUGACACUUCUGAACGACUCUGAAGUGAUGCAAACAGUUAACACCGCACUGGCCGACUUUAACGCUGCAAACGACACUCAUGACUACUACAAGCUCCUUGAGAUUUCCCGAGGGUAUCGCGUGCACUUGACCAAAGGUGUCCACGCAGAGUUUGCGAUCGUCAAUACCAAUUGCUCGGUCCGGCAUGCGAAGGAGCACGUUGAGGACUGCCAUGUGGAAACAGGCGAGCACCUACACUAUGGGUUCUGUAAGGCCUCCUUUCACAAGGCCAUUAAGGAGGGUGCAGAGUUCAAUCAUGAAGUGCACUGCAAGAUCUAUGACCAUCAGCCUGGAGUUCAUCACGAUCACUUGACCAAGGAGCACUUAACUGGAAAACUUCCACCCGCUGGACGUGGCUUCUUUCACCUCGACCUGAUUCAUUCCCACAACGGCACAAGCGCGUCACACUCCCACUCGGAUGAGGUCGUACCGGCCGAGAAACCAAGCUCCUUGGCAAAGAGAUCCGUCCUGGCAGUAUUGCCACCCUGUCCUGGAAGCCAGCAGCUGAGGUGGUACAGGAAGAAGCAGCACCUGCGGGGCCAGGCCCAAACCCACAGCCAGGAACCAGCACAGCAACUCCUCAGCCCUCCAGCUCUGAGCCAGCUGCGGAAAGCCAGGUGCCUGUCUCCUCGCCCCCCUUGUCACCAGAGCCUCAGAAACGGAGGAGGAGGCGAACACGUAGGACCUUACAGGACCGGAGGUGAAGUGCUCAACUGGCACUCGGUACUGACCCAGCACUGA